AUGGCGUCGCACCGAACAGUUCUUACUCAGUGUCUUCUUUCUUCCCUAACAAAAACUAUUUUGGCUCGGGCUAUAGCCUCUCGCACAUGCAGGGAACUUUGGAUAAAUCUUGAAACAAUGUUUACCUCUCAGUCCCAAGCUAAAGUUUUCCAAAUCAGACAUCAGCUUACCAACCUUAAAAAGGGCUCUCUCUCAAUCACAGACCAUUAUCGCAAGGUUCGCCUCCUGUCUGACACUAUCACUGCUGCGGGCGAACCAUUGAGACACUCUGAAGUUGUUUCCUAUCUUCUAAAUGGACUCAACUCUGAGUUUGACACCUUUUUUAUUUCGGUGACUACCCGUGCCACUCCAAUCUCAUCUGCAGAACUUUUCAAUUUACUUCUCACCUUAGAAAGCCGCAUCUCCCUUACAUCAACACAACAAGGUUUGCUUCCCACUCCUUCAGUUAAUCUCACAACCAACUCCUCUUCUCAAGCUGCACAAGGCAAUCAACGUGGUGGUCGGUAUGGCUAUCGCGGUGGUCGCACACGUGGUGGCCGCUCCUUUUCUUCUUUUCAGCAGCCUUCCCCGUAG